CUGUUGAUUGCAUGACUUUUAUUGUGCUGAAAUGUUUUCUUUCAGGGAAAUACCUAUUUCAAGUGUUUUGUUAGCGAUGUUCCUGGGACUUUAGGGGACCCUUCAGCUUGUAACACAGAAACUACCACUCUUCCAGGAAAAGUAUAUCUAAGGAGAACACGAGGUCGUUUUUUUACAUUUGUAUUGAAUGAAACCAUAACAGGCGACAUGCAAUUUCAGGUGUUUAUAUCGAGUAUAGAAGCACAAAAUGGCGAGGCAUGCUUUGAGAGUAUUGAAAUAGACGACAAACAGGUACCAAAAAGUCAGAUCACUGUUUCCUCUGGAACAACAAAUCAAAUACAAACAAAUACAAACACUAUUGUGACAGGUUGGGUUCAUGAUGCUACAGAUCCGAGACCUUGGAUUUUGAUUGAUUUAGUUGCUGCAACAACAAUAGAAGGAGUUGGUGUUUACGUUUCCAAAGACUGUGACAUGUGGACCACUUUCAGUUUAUAUUUCGGCAACAAUAAGGAUACAUUACAGUUGUACAAGGAUAUGGAAUUUAAAAUAUUUCCACCAGAAAACUGGUGGAAUAUAGAUCAAGUGUUCAUUCUUCCGAGACCAAUCAAUGGGAGAUACGCAAAAUUCAAACAUUCACUGGGAAAGCCAACAGGCAAAUCCAGAUGUCUUAAUUUCAAAGUGUUCGGCUGUAAACUGACACGUAUAACUGACAUUAACAGCAACAAAUCAUCUGAAAUGAUGCCUCUUGAACAUGAAUUGCUAUCUGGAGACUCAACUGUCUUGGAAACAAGUCUGACGAGAUGUCAUGAACUUUGCAGUAUUCAAAACAAUUGCAGUGUUGCCAGUUAUAAUAUAUGGUCAACUAUAUAUGUAUAUCUCGAACACCUUGAAUCGUAUGAAACAGAUUAUUAUGACUAUUAUAACGAACCAAUGUACAUCGAACCUAGGGGACUUUGUAAGCACUACAAAAAUAGUCCGAUUGGAUUAUGGAAAAGUAAGAAUAUACCCGAUGAAUGGCAUUGUUUUGCCAAACUACAAAACAUUG